UACAGCUCCGCGGGGCCUGCCUAGGUCCUCGUCGUCCUCCUCCUCCCCACCCUACCGGGCCACACAGACCCUUGUGCAGGCGGUUACUAUCGGUGGUCGCAGGCAACUACAGCUUUCUGCCCGCAGAGAUGCCGGAGGGGCCAUCUGUGAGGAAGUUUCACCAUCUUGUAUCCCCUUUUGUGGGCCAGAAGGUGGUCAAGACAGGGGGCAGCAGUAAGAAGCUAUGCCCUGCCGUCUUUCAGUCUCUGUGGCUCCAGGAUACCCAGGUUCAUGGAAAAAAGUUAUUCCUUCGGUUUGAUCCGGAUGAAGAGAUGGAGCCACUCAGCGGCCCACAGCCUGUACAAGGAGUGUGGCAGGAACAAGCCAUGGACCCAGAGCUGGCUUUGGGGCCCAGUGCUCAAGAAAGCUCUGUAGGCCCCUCUGGAUCUGGGGAGCCUAUUCCCAGUGGGUCCGAUAGUUCCUCUGGUCUUGGGGGACAGAACCCUUUAGCAGGUGCCCAGAGGUGGCUGGAAGUCAGGUUUGGCUUGUUUGGCAGUGUCUGGGUGAAUGACUUCUCCAGAGCAAAGAAAGCUAACAAAAGAGGUGACUGGAGAGACCCGGUGCCCAGGCUGGUACUCCACUUUGGUGGCGGUGGCUUCCUGGCAUUUUAUAGUUGCCAGAUGUCCUGGAGCCCUCCCCCUGUGGUUGAUCCCACCUGUGACAUCUUGUCUGAACAGUUCCAUCGAGGACAAGCGUUGGAAGCUCUAAGCCAGGCUCAGCCUGUGUGCUGCACACUAUUGGACCAAAGAUACUUCUCAGGGUUAGGGAACAUUAUAAAGAACGAAGCCCUGUACAGAGCAGGGAUCCAUCCCCUCUCUCUCGGUUCGCUCCUGAGUCCUCCCUCUCUGGAGGCCCUCGUGGAUCACGUGGUGACGAUCAGCACAGAUUGGCUUCGAGACAAAUUCCAAGGCAAGGAACAGCACACACAGAUCUACCAGAAAGAACGGUGUCCUUCUGGUCACCAGGUCAUGAAAGAGAUGUUCGGGCCCCCGGGUGGGUUCCAGAGGCUUACCUGGUGGUGCCCUCAGUGCCAGCCAAAGCUGUCAUCUGAGGGGCCACAGAAUCUGCUGUCCUCCUAAAAUACUCGGUCUCCUCCAUGGAACUCGUUAGCCUUGAAGCUCCAGAGAGUCAGGUGUAGGCACAGAUUGUAGUACAGGCCAAGGAUAGGCUCAGGAGAGUCAGACUUGUUGAUGUUCAUCUCAUAGCAUUAUCCCUCAAUUACAGUUUUCAUCGGGAUCCGUGUUUUCCUUUUCUAGUUAAUUCUGUGUAAUCUGUGUAAUCCCACCAUGCUGUCAACAAUCCUGACAGGGGGCUGGGGAAAACUGCCAGGAGCAGCAAGCAGUGAGUCUGAAAAAAGAGUGAUGGGGUGUUUGUGGGGGAAGGGGGUUGCAGCUUGGGGCUAGGGAACAGCUAGAUGGGACAGUUGUGGGUCGGGCAGCUGAAGGGGUGAACAUUUGGGAUAUACUAUGCUCCCAGGCUACUGUGAUUCGGCGUUCUGUGCUGUGUUUUGGGAACUGGUUGGUUUUGCGUGUCUCCAUUUUUUCUUCUUUCCCAUGGAGGGGUCAGGGAUGAGGGCAACGCUACAGGAAGGUACUGAUGGAAAGCUUUGCCUGGUGGCUUGUCAGGCUGAAUACUCCAGGGUGCACAGGGGCUUGUGCCCAGGGACUGUGAGAAAAGCUGUUGUUAAGAUGGGCAUUUGUUGACUGUUGAUGUUUGAACAAUUCAUGUGUCCAGAGAUGUGGAGAAACAACCUGUGGGGUUGUUAGCGACAACUUUAUGGAACUGGGGCGCUAGCAAUUGAAAAUAAAGGAUGUGAUAUUUUCUGUUGUCUUUA